AUGGCGUCCACGCCCGGUGACGCAGCCGCCUUCGAGGCCGCUAUCAUCCACGCUUGCGCCGAACAUGAGCGCUCUCAUUGGAGGGAGAAUGGUUACAGACGUUGCCUCGUCAUCGACGGAUUCUUCGUUAAAUUCGACAGUUACCAGUCUCUGUACCCUGAAUUUGAGACGCAGAAGUACGUCUUCCAGUGUGCAAAGAGCAACAUGAGCGCGCCACGCGUUCCCGAGGUCAUUCAAUUCUUCCACCGUGACGAUCAGAUGGCGUACAUGGUUAUGGAGAACAUCAAGUUUACACCCACUCCAGUCCCGGACCUCUCCCAAAGGGUGGCACUGGCAAUCCAGUGGCUUCGUGAUCUUCCAACUCCUCCUCCCGACCGUGUUCGGAUUGGCCCUCUAGGAAGCGGUCGCGCGCGCCAUCAUCUAUUCAAGAACUACAAGGCGCCUCUGUCUUUCUCAAGCAUCCAGGCUAUCGAGCGGUACUUGAAUAAGGCUAUUACGAGGCUUCCGUCCAGGUCCGCGCCAGUAGCGCUCGUCAGCCUUUGCAAUGAGCGGCUGGUCUUUACGCAGUCCGACAUGGACGAGAGCAACUUCGGCGUCGAUGUCGAAGGGAGGACGUGCCUCUUUGACUUCGGAGCAGUAGGAUUACUGCCAGAAUCAUUCGCCAGCUAUACUAUGUCUUCGAGCGUCCAGUUCACCGCCGCCGUCGCGCAGCACUUGGGCUGGCCGUCCAGUUCCAAUCUGCAUACGAUGAGUAAAAUCAGUAGACUUUUGUGGAUAUUAUCCAAUCCGACCUUGGGUCUGGACGAUAACGGCAAUCCCAGGAUAGCGUAA